AUGGGAAAUAAUCUGCCUACAUCCACUGAAAAAGUGCAACACGAGGAAAUAUUUCAGGCCAUCAGAGAUAACAAUUUGCAAAAAUUCCAAGAUUUACUCAACUCCUGCAGUAUUCAAUUGAUUAAUAUUGUCGAUGAAACCAAUAAAAACAAUACACCCCUGCAUAGUGCAGUUGAAGAAAACAGGUAUGAAAUAGUCCAGACAAUACUAUUGAGAAAGUGGGAAUUGAAUAUAAAUGCGAAGAAUGAGGAUGGUGACACUGCUCUACACGUUGGCGCCAAAAAGAACUAUGAUCGACUGAUGCACUUGUUGCUCAAAGAAGGAGCAACCAGCGAUGUUGUCAACAAGGAAGGCGAAACAUUUCUGGAUAUUGUUAGGAAAUUGGCAAUUCGAACAAGAAUCUGCAAAAGCAACCACCAGGUGAAGAAGAGUAAAGAUAUAUCUAACCAACAAGGACCAUCUGAAAUAGUUACAGGGCAAAGCGUGGUGCACAAAAUAACAAAAGUUGACAAAAAAGUUACAAAUCCUGCAAUCGAUAAUAAAAAACGAUUAGUAAGUCCACCUUUAUUGGGUAGAAAUGCUAAAAUAAACCAUAUAGCUAACAAGAAUUGGUCGUCUUUGCAUGUCGCGGCAUACAAUGGAGAAUUAGCAAGGGUUCGAUAUUUGGUAGGCCUUGGUGCCAAAAUAGAUGCCGAAAGUAAGGACAAGUUGACGCCACUCCAUUGCGCAGCUAUGAAUGGUUUCAAAGAUGUAGUUCAACUAUUGGUCGACGAAGGCGCGAAUAUUGAGGCUAACGAUGAUCAAGAACAAACGCCAUUGUAUGUUGCAGCACAGAAUGGUCAAUUGGAUAUUGUGCAGUUACUGGUUAGUAAAGGCGCCAGUAUUAAUGCACUUAAUGUAGAAAAUUGGACUGCAUUGCACAUUGCAUCUCAAAAUGGGCAAAAUGAGGAGCCGAAAGUAAUAAAUGUUGAUAAAAUAGCUGCAAAUCCUGCAGUCAAUAAUAAAAAAGAAUUGGUAUCUCCACUUUUGUUAGACAAGAAUGCUAAAAUAAGCCAUAUAGCUAACAAAAAAUGGUCGGCCUUGCAUGUCGCGGCAUACAACGGCGAACUAGCAAGGGUUCGAUAUUUGGUAGGCCUUGGUGCCAAAAUAGAUGCCGAAAGUAAGGACAAGUUGACGCCACUCCAUUGCGCAGCUAUGAAUGGAUUCAAAUAUGUAGUUCAACUAUUGAUCGAAAGAGGAGCAAAUAUUGAAGCUAUCGAUGAUCAACAACAAACGCCAUUGUAUGUCGCAACUCGAAAUGGUCACUUGGAGGUUGUGCAGAUUCUGGUUACUAGAGGCGCCAAUGUCGAUGCUGUUAUUGAAGGAAAGACUCUAUUGCACAUUGCAACUCAAACUGGUCAUUUGGAAAUAGUGCAGUUUCUGAUUAGUAAAGGCGCUGAUGUCAAUGCUGUUAAUAAAAUAAAUUGGACUCCAUUGCACAUUGCAUCUCAAAAUGGUCACUUGGUAGUAGUGCACAUUCUGGUUAAUAAAGGCGCCAAUGUUAAUGCUGUCGAUGUAGAAAAUUGGACUCCAUUGCACCUUGCAACUCAAAAUGGUCAUUUGGAGAUAGUGCAGUUUCUGGUUAGUGAAGGCGCCAAUGUUAAUGCUGAUAAUGUAGAAAAUUGGACUCCAUUGCAUCUUGCAACUCAAAAUGGUCAUUUGGAGAUAGUGCAGUUUCUGGUUAGUAAAGGCGCCAAUGUUAAUGCUGAUAUUGUAGAAAAUUGGACUCCAUUGCACCUUGCAUCUCAAAAUGGUCAUUUGGAGAUAGUGCAGUUUCUGGUUAGUAAAGGCGCCAAUGUUAAUGCUGAUAUUGUAGAAAAUUGGACUCCAUUGCACCUUGCCACUCAAAAUGAAAAUUGGACUUCAUUGCACCUUGCCUCAAAAUGGUCAUUUGGAGAUAGUGCAUUUCUGGUUAGUAAAGGCGCAAAUGUUAAUGCUGAUAAUGUAGAAAAUUGGACUCCAUUGCAUCUUGCAACUCAAAAUGGUCAUUUGGAGAUAGUGCAGUUUCUGGUUAGUAAAGGCGCCAAUGUUAAUGCUGAUAAUGUAGAAAAUUGGACUCCAUUGCAUCUUGCAUCUCAAAUGUGCAUCUCAAAAAGGACAUUAGAGGUUGCUCAGUUUCUGAUUAGGAACGGCGCUGAUGUCAAUGCUGUUAAUAAUAUAAAUUACACUUCAUUGCACAUAGCAUCUCAAAAUGGUCACUUGGAGGUGGUGCAGUUUCUGAUUAGUAAAGGCGCUGAUGUCAAUGCCGUUACUGAAACCAAUUGGACUCCACUGCACAGUGCAUCUCAAAAAGGUCACCUGGAGGUUGUGCAGUUUUUGGUUAGUAAAAGCGCUGAUAUCAAUGCUGUUAACAAAACAAAUUGGACUCCAUUGCACAUUGCAUGUGAAAAAGGUCACCUGGAAGUUGUGCAGUUUCUCAUUAGUAAAGGUGCCAAUGUCAAUACUGUUAUUAUAGGAAAUCGUACUCCAUUGCACUCUGCAUCUUAUAAUGGUCACAAAAAUAUCGUCAAAGAAUUAAUAGACAACGGUGCAAUAACAAAUGCAAUAAAUUUGAAUAAUAAGACACCAAUAGACUUUGCCUAUGAAAAAGGGCACAUGGAAAUCGUCGAUCUAUUGAAAAAUUAA